GGCGGGACGAUGCCGCUGGUCGUGCUGUGCGGGCGGCCGGGCAGCGGCAAGAGCCGGCGGGCGGCCGAGCUGCGGGCGGCGCUGGGCGGGCCCGAGCGGCCGGCCCACGUCGUGGCCGAGGCGGAAGGCGGCCGGGCGGAACUGCGGGCCGAGGUGGAGCGGCGGCUGAGCCGUCGGGACGUGGUGAUCGUGGACGCGGGUAACGAGCUGCGGAGCAUCCGGUACGAGCUGUACUGCGCGGCGCGGCAGGCGGGCACGGCGCGCUGCCUCCUGCACUGCGCCGGCGGGACGAGCCGCCCCGACGAGCCGCCUUUCGAGGCCCCCGACCCGCGCAACCGCUGGGACCAGCCGCUCUUCACGGUGUGCGGGGAGGAGCCGCUGCCGCUGGCCGCCAUCCGCGCCGCCCUGUUCGACAGCGUCGCGCCGCCGCCGCACCGGGCCACCCGCUCGCAGCCCCUGCAGUCCGGGACCUUCCUCCACCACCUCGACCGUGUCACCCAGGAGGUGCUGGCCGCCGUCAUGGCCGCCCAGAGGAGCGGAGCGCAGCCCGGCGAGGUGGUCCGCGUCCCCGGCGUCGCCGAAGGGCUGGUGCUCAACCGGCCCGUGAGCAUGGCCGAGCUGAGCCGUCUGCGGAGGCAGUUCAUAAGCUACACCAAGAUGCAGCCCAGCGACGAAAACUUGCCCCAGUUGGCCAGCAUGUUCCUGCAGUACCUGAGCCGCAGCAUCCAGUGAACCUUGUCAGCUGUGCCACAUACAGCAGCAGCUGCGGCCCUUUUCCAAAGUACUUCCAACAGUAAGAACAUGCCUUCCAGCGGACAGACUCUGUGGAGCAUGGGUCCCACCUAUUGCAUAUCAGAUCAGGUGGCAGCAGCAGCAUUGGGAAGAUGUGUGCCACAUCCCUGCAGCUGCUGAGCAAGCUAUAUUGCUGAGAGGCUCUAUAGGGACUCUGUUUCCUCAUCCCUGCAUUCUCCUCACUUGCAUCUUUUGAAAAAGUAGAGCUACUGUCACGUCUCCAUGCAAGUAAAGUCUCCCAUGGAGACCUAAACGCCAGGAAUCAAAUAGUGUCUGAAUAUGAAAGCACAAAAGGUGGUUACCAAAAGGAAGAGUUUUCCCCUCCGCAUUGGCAUGUGUAUGUCUUAAAUAAGAAGAUUGUUUUUCCAAGGCUGUCUCCAGAUAACGUCAAAUUGCAGAAGAGACUUCAGGUUCAGAACUGUCCAGAACUGGUUGUGUUUUUAGGAUGCAACUGUUUCAAAAAAUCCUCCCGAAUCCAAGAGAUAGAAGAAAGGUGCUGGCUUAGCAAAUUCAAACCUCUCUGUUUCAGAUUUAACAAUAAAAUGUGUGCCUUUGAAUGGAAUAAAGUCCUAAUUUACCUGCAGGACUGUUUUAUUGAAACAA